GGGACUUACUCGGAAUACAGGUGGGUAAAAUAGUAACGCCCGUUUGUCGGUGUUUAGUUGGACCGCAGGUGGACAGAAUUUGUAUUGGAGAUGAGUUUUGAGUGGCCCUGGCAGUACAAUUUCCCCCCGUUUUUCACACUGCAGCCCAAUGUGGACACGAGGCAGAAGCAGCUGGCGGCCUGGUGCUCGCUCGCGCUCUCGUACUGCCGCCACCGGAAGCUCUACACCGUGGACGUGCUGGAGGCGCAGGAGAGCCCCAUGUUCAACAACAAGAAGAUCGAGAGAAAACUCUCUGUUGAGGCCAUACAAGUUGUCUUUGAGGAACUGAGGAAAAAAGGGAACCUGGAAUGGAUGGACAAAAACAAAACACGCUGUUUAAUCAUGUGGCGAAGACCUGAAGAAUGGGGCAAGCUGAUUUAUCAAUGGGUGUCUAAAAAUGGCAUGGUCAACUCAGUGUUUACACUUUAUGAGCUUUCUAAUGGCGAUGACACAGAAAGCGAAGAGUUCCAUGGGCUGGAGGAGUGGAUGCUGCUGCGUGCACUGCAGGCCCUGCAGGCUGAAGGCAAAGCAGAGAUCAUCACAAUGGAUGACGGAAAAGGAGUCAAAUUCUUCUGAUAUAUCAAACCACAUUUUUUUCGGACAGCGUUGCGAUGUUUUAAGCCCAGUCUGAUCGUUUUUGAUCUAUUGGGCUCAGCGCUCCGGUGGAAGGGCUUUAGGGUUUGGAUUUCCUGACACAGAUUAAGUAGGAUUUUCAAAUGCAGAACAUGCAAAAAAUGUUUCAGUCUUAAGCUGUGACUGGAAAACCAGCCCAAAGCAUCAUAGCACUCCAUUACUUAACUGUUGCAUUGAAAGUCAUUAUUGUGUAGAUAAACCUAAAUACAUUAAUAAUUUCCUUGUUGGAAUUAUUCUGAAUUGGUGAUUUUACACCUGACAAACUGGAGAUGACUUACAAGCCUAUUCAGUGAGUUUGAUAUAGGAUUUCACUCGCAAUGCAAACGGCUGAAAGUUCAGUCAACUACUAUGGCAUAUCUGAAAAAAUAUAUAUAUUUUCGAGUCAACAUGUCAGUGACUUUUUUCUUUUAGUGCUGUAAAUUAUGGCAGACUCUCAUUCUACUUGAAUAUCUCCUGUGUGUGCUACCAAGAAACCCAAAAUUCUUACUGGGAGUCACCUGAUGCUUCCUUUCCAAGACACAUGAAGAUACAAACCAAUUGUCCUUAUGCCAGUUCUGGCACUUUGGUUGCUGAAACUUUCCAGUAGCACUAUUCUUCGUGUCUGUGUCUGUCUCCAACCACCUUUUAUACCAUAAUAAUACUGUACAAAUAAAUAAGAGGGGUUUUCUUUUC